AUGGAGAUACAUAAACGAGUAGCAGAUACAACAGGUGUCGUUCAUCGAUUUGUUCUUGACUUCGAACUUAUUUUUCUCAAUGAACAAAAAUUCCAUGCAAUACAAAGUUUCAUUCAUAAUUGGUGGUGGCUCAGUAUUGUUUAUGCAUUCUUUUAUAUUAUUCUUAUAUUUAUUGGUCGCGCAUGGAUGGCAAGAAAAGACCAAAAAUAUGAAUUAAGAACUGCAUUAGUACUUUGGAAUGCUAGUCUGACAAUAUUUAGUUUAUGGGGUGCAUUUCGGUGUGUACCUGAAUUAAUCAACAUUGUAAUUCGGCAUGGAUUUAUGUAUUCGAUAUGUGAUUCCCAGUAUAAACAAGGUAUUACGGGGCUAUGGGUUUGUUUAUUUAUGGCUUCGAAAGUACCUGAAACAAUAGACACGUUAUUUAUUGUACUAAGACGGCAAGAAUUAAUAUUUCUUCAUUGGUAUCACCAUGCUACAGUUCUUGUAUAUUGUUUUUACAGCUAUGCAUUUUUUGCUUCAACUGGUCGUUGGUUUGUGUCGAUGAAUUAUUGUGUUCAUACACUCAUGUAUUGCUAUUUUGCAUUACGAGCUGCUCGUAUUCGAAUUCCUCCAUUUGUUCAAGUGUUUAUUACUCUUCUUCAAAUUGUACAAAUGAUUGCUGGUUGUGUAGUCAAUGUAGCUGCAUAUAAUUAUAAGCAGAAAGGAUACUCAUGUGGUACAACAGAUACAAAUAUUGCAUUGUCAUUGGCACUCUACGCUUCGUAUUUUAUGCUUUUUGCACAUUUCUUCUAUAUGGCAUAUUUAAAAAAGGGUCUAAAGAAGAAAAAGUGA